AUGGCCUUUGAGGAUCUCCUCUCUGAAGUUGGAGAUAAGAGGACAUUCCAGAACCUACAGGUCUUUUCUUUGGCUAUUCCUCUAAUAUUUAUAGCUAGCCAUUGUCUUAUAGAGAACUUCACUGCCUUUGUCCCUGAGCAUUGGUGCUGGGUUCACUUGCUGGACAAUACCUCAGCUUCUCUCAAUAUCAGUGGGAACCUUAAUUUUAGUUCCAUUCUAAAGCUUUCCAUCCCUUUGGAUACCAAUGGGAAACUAGAGAAAUGUCAUCGAUUCUUUUGGCCACAGUGGCAGUCCUUGGCUCCAAGUGUCACAGGCCAAAACCUGAGCCAGCUGGAGAUGGAGCCAUGUGUGGAUGGCUGGGUUUAUGACCAAAGCAUCUUCACUUCUUCCAUUAUGACUGAGUGGGAUCUGGUGUGUCACUCCUGGAAACUGAAGUCCUUCUGUCAGUCAAUAUUCCUUGCUGGGAUUCUGGUUGGAUAUCUCCUAUUGGGCUAUGUUUCAGACAGGUUUGGGAGAAAACGGAUGUUGCCUCCAAGUUACCUCAUGCUGGCUAUCUCCAGCACUGGGGCGUCCUUUGCCCAGUCAUUCCCAGUUUACUGUUGUCUUCGCUUCCUGCUUGGGUUUUCAAUAUCAGGAAUCAUACUUUUCGGUUGGAAGCUUGUUAUAGAAUGGACCACCAGCCAGCACCGGCCUCUGGUAACAAUUAUAUUAUCUCUGUCUAUCAGUCUGGAACAUCAGUUUCUUGGGAUUCUGUCUCAUGGCAUCCAGGAAUGGCGCAAACUCCAGCUAGUAGUGUCUGCUCCCUGCUUUGCCUUCUUUCUGACCUCUUGGUGGUUGCCAGAAUCUGCUAGAUGGCUGGUUAUCCACAACAAAUACGAUGAUGCCUUAAAGAUGCUCAGAAAGGUUGCAAAAAUCAAUGGAGUAAAGGAUAAGAUCCUGACAGUAGAGGCUUUGAGAUCCACCAUGGAGAGGGAGCUGACUGCCACACAGACGCGUUAUACCAUAUUGAAUUUAGUCCGCUUUCCGAUCCUGCGGACAAGAAUCCUCUGUAUGUCCUUUGCAAGACCCUGGCACCCAACAGGGAUGCUUUCUUAUGGGCUCUCUCUGGAUCUUCAGAACUUGGGGAGCAAUAUUCAAAUGCUCCAGGUUCUUUUGGGAGUUUCUGCCUUCCUAAGCAGGGUUGGAGCCUUGUUUCUCAUGAACCGCCUUGGCCUUCGAACAACAUCAGUGGCCUGCCUCCUUCUUGCUGGAUUGUUCAUACUUCCCAGUGCAUUUCUGCCUCAAGGAAUUUUGCGUGUGGUUUUGGCAAUACUGGGGAUCAGCUGUAUUGUGGUCUGCGUGUCCAGUAACACUCUCUAUUUUAAUGAGCUCCUGCCCACAAAAGUCAGGAACACAUGCCUGGGAUUCAUUUUCUUGGGAGAGCAAAUUGGGUCAGUGCUGGCCCCAUUAGUGAAUACACUCAGACAAAACAUUCCAGCCCUGCCUCAGAUCAUCUUUGCCGUCAUAGCCAUCACUGCCAGCUUUGCGGUCUUCUUCUUCCUCCCUGAAACCCAGAACCAGCCAAUGCCUGACACCAUCCAAGAUAUAGAAUGUGGACAUUCAAGAGAAGAAGCAAGACCAAGAGAGGAGGGUGACCGUGCAGUGAAAAUAAGCCAGUUUUAA